CAUCCAUCAACCUCGACCACCUGGGCCGGCCUGAUCCAUUUCGAGUUCCAGACCGCGACAACGGGCGCAGAUCCCCUCGCUUCCAGCAUAUCCCCCACCAGUCCUACAAGUCUCCACGCCGCGCGGCACCAGCCUACUCUUACACCACAGACGUGUGAAAGCUACCCCGCUACCAACAGCAACGACUCCUCGGCCUCGAAGCCAACAACGGCACAGCGCUCACUCAGCGUGAGGACUUCACUCGCUACUCCCCCCACGAUCAGUCACGUCCACCCGUCGCCAUGGCGAGCCUCGACGAGUCCAUCACUGCCAUCAAGGAAGGCGCCAAGGAGGAUCGCUUCACCUACCUCACCAUUCUCCAGUACCACGUCACCCGGCCCGAGGUCCUCCCCGCGCUCAACGAGGUCCUCCAGGAUGCAGACCUCACCUCAGAGAUCGGCUGGGACCUCGUCCAGAUGCUUGUCGACCUCGAAGGCUCCUCUGCAUGUCUCGAGACGGUCGCCCGGCUCGGCAACCCCCGCGAGGUCGUCAUCAAGGUCAUGGAGUCGCUCGACAGCCUCACGGAAUCCUGGUCGCGCGAGGCCGAGCGCGCAGAGGACAUCCAGGAGAUCGCCUCGACCUCCAAGAUCCCGGGCAAGUUCAUCACUCUGUGUGGGAUGCUCUCAAUCCUGCACGGCCGUAUCAAGACCAAAUACCCUUCGCGCUUCCUCGGGCCCUCGCUUGUAAAAGUAUUUGAGGCAUACCAGCCACUGCCCGAGAUGACGGCUGCCGUCAUCAACUUGGUCCGCUCGCUGAGCGGACGGAAGCGGCCCCCCUUGCCGAGCAGGAAAUCCAGCAUCAACGUGCUCGACCCGAACAAAGAUGGCGACAGCUCCAAGAACGCCCCCGACCCAGAGGCCGAGAGCGAGGACCCUACCGAGGAGGCAAUGCAGCAGAAGCUGCUGCAGUCGUUCAUCACGUGCAUCCUGCAGCGAUUUGUCAAUGCUCAUCCGAUGCGCUGGACGCCGAGGUUGACGGACGUGUAUCAACCAGAGCGGAGGAUACCAGGCCGCAAGACGACAGUGGAGGCGUAUAGUGAGAAUGAGACGUUGCAGAAGAGGGACGGUGUCGUCGGACAGCUCGUGGCUCUGCUCAGUGAUUUGGGCCUCAACAAAUGCCCAAACGAUUUUGUCAGAAGCAUAUAUCAACAUUCCACCGCUGUGGACCCCCUUGCCGCCUUCGACGACUUCAGCUCACCCGAAGACAUCCAGCUGUCGCCUGGAGGCGUGGUCUGCCUGAUCGCAUACUGGUUGUUCGCCUCGGCGGUCUUCCAGGCCCACCAACCCGAGUGCGAGUUGUACAUAUUCCCCGAACACCUCGCACUGCUAGAGCGGUUCCUCGGCCAGGACGCCGAGGCGGAAAUCACCAGCGCGCCAGGCACAGCGGAUGCGCUUCUGGCCAUCGGUGUCGCGCUGGAGCAGAAGGACCGGAUAACGGAGCAGGAGGAGCCGUCCAUAAUGGCGUAUCACCACCACCUGACGCUUAUUUCCGUCUUCCACCCAGACAUUGCGAUCCGCAGCGCGGCAACCAACUUUGCCGGUGUGAUCCUGCACUCUGACCCAGACCAGCAGAACCGCCUCGAGAUCCUCGAAGACCUGCUUGAGAACUGCAUGUUUGCAUCACUCAAGGCAUGCGCGCUGACGUGGCUGAAGGAGGAAAUCAUCGCAGCGACCAAGGAGGGGCCGAGCGGCAACACCGAAUCGACGACAUCUCCUCCGUCUUCGUCCUCGCUCUUCGCGUCACCAGAAGUGAUUGACCGCCUCCAGUACGCCAUCUUCCCGGACAUGAUCUCCGCACUGGUCCCCGGCGGCGGCAACCUCACCGCAGAGGGUGGGCUCACAGGAUUGGACACGGACGGCGCUGCCACGAGCGUGGUAGACAGGACACUAGAGAUAACGGCGGGUGGCAACGACGACGAUGACCUCACAUUGGCCGUGAUCAUGGACUACUGGGUGCAAAACCGCCCGUUCAUCCUGCAGGCCGCCAAUUUUGCAUACUUCCUGCUCGCCGCGGGGUCCGACACAUCGACAACGUCAAGUAAGACGCCUGCAGCUGGUGCUCCUCCACAAGCACGAGUCGUCCCAGAUGGGAUGGCGGCAGCCGUGGAGCAACGCUUCGCGGAGCCGCUGAUCGGGGCGGCGCAGAAGCUCCAGCAGAGCGCGGCCAAGUUUGGCCUCGGCGGAGAGGAGGAGAUGGAGCUGAGCAUACUGGUCGACCGGCUACAGAGCUUGACGAGGCGCUGAUUAAACACCAGAAAACGUGGGGUUGCCUGCAAGCAAUAUGGACAAAAAUGCCACCCGCCCAGCUAGCGUCAAGUCUGGCACCCUCUCUUUUUCGGUGUCGC